AUGGUUAGGGAAAGGGAAGACUGGGAGAAAUACCGUGAACGGUUGUUAAAGCAAGUCAAGAAUUUUGAGAAGUCGAAAGCUGCCUUUGAUGAGGAGAAGGCGAAGUUUGAAACAGACAAGAAAGCGGAGGAGUGGGGCUGUGAGGGCGUUAAGGGCAAACUCCGCGCUGCUGAAGAACUCCUAGCAAAGGAGUGUGCCGACUGGAAGGCGAUUUGCGCCAAAGAUAAUGAGCGCAUGUAUGCGGCUUGUGCUAAGAUUGCCGAUCUUGAGAGUCAAGUUGCUGAUUUAAAGAAGAAAGUGGAAGGUGCGCAAGCUGCUAAGGAGCAGGCUGAGGCUGAGCUUAAAGCGCAAAUAUCUGGCAAGGAUAAAGAUCUAGCUGCCAAGGACGUUGAAAUUGCUGAGUUGAAGCGUCGCCUGCAAGAGCAGGUUGAGAAAAAUGAGUCCUUGGAGAUCGAUCUUGAAGCUGAAAAGUCCAAAGCUACUACUGCCGAGGAAGCCAAGCGAAAGGCCGAGGAAGCACGUGCCAUUAGUUCUUCCGCCCUUAAUGUGGUGCAAAAUAAUUAUGCUGAGGUCCAGGGCAUUGUGGAUACCUUGUCUUCGGAGGCGGAAUGGCUGCGUGGCAGGGGAUUAGUGCUGAUGGCCAACUCCAUCUUGAAUGUAGGGGAGCUAGAUGGAACUGUUGCUGCUCUUAUAGAUGCCUCGCGCGCGGUUGGUCAUCGUGAAGGUUAUCUAGAAUGUGCGCAACAUGCUGAGGAGAUUUUUGGGCAAGAGUUUGACAAAAGUCACUGCUCAGUGGCUGAUGAGGCUAAUGCGGCGUUGACCCGUGCUGAACAUGCAUAUGAUCAUCUUAUUUGA